AUGAUUACCUCCAAGGACACGCAACUCGCUCUGAUACACAUCCCCUUGCACCUGUACCGGACCUUUCUCCAAUCCAUUCUCCAGCUGGUUCUGCCCAACGCGACUCGUGGUAGCAAUGGCUUUGGGAAUGGCUCCGGCGCUGUCCAGCCUCCCAACAGCUGGCCGUGCGAGCACCCCUUUGUGAACAUCUCCAUCACCCCGGUCGAGUGUUCUAUAGUCUGCUCAAGAACGCUUGCAAAUGAGCUGUUUGUUCCCGUCCUCAGUUUUCUGGAUUCUCAAUCAAGGGAAGCAGUAAAUAUCACUACAGAUGACUUUGUCGUCAUGCAGGUCGAUGGUGAGGGCCUCGACGCCGGCCAGCGUGUCUUGGAACUAACGAGUCCUCUUGCUCUUGCCGGCAUUCCAAUCUUCUUCAUCACUACAUACUUUUCCGACUACAUCCUCGUACCGCUUCGACACCGAUCCCAAGUCGUGGAGGCCCUCGAGGAGCGGGGGUUCCAGUUUGAAAAGGACACGUCGUCCUACGUCAACUCGUUCCAACCAGGCCGCAAGCAUUCGGCUGCGUCUUUGGAAGUGCAGCCUCCAAGCACGCCGCCGCCAACCAACAUUUCUGAACUCCAAACCAGGACAUUUGCCACGUUGAAACGUCGAAACAUUGUGCCCACUGUGGAUUCCACCAUCCGCCUCGUUCAGUGCGCUGGCCGCAGGGAUGGCAGCAACGACAUGAAUCGAAACGGCAACGGCAAGACAACCGCCGCAGAUGACGCACUUCAUCUUGGUCUUGUAAAAUGCCUCAUUACGCAGCCGUACCCCAAGUUUUUAUCCCUCACGCUAACCGACACGGAAUCUGCUGCUCUCCUAUUCGAUCACACACUACUGCCAAACUUUGCGCAGGACACACUAUUAGGUUCAAGAGACGAGUUCCUCACGCCCAUUACGCUCGACCUGCGAGACCUUCCUAUGGAGAGUACGGGCAUUGUAUGUGGCGUAGCUGGCCGCUUGGUUGGUGAGACGACGGGCCAACUGCAAGACCCGGUUGAGAUGAGCUAUCUCAGUACAGCGAGGGCAGGCACCGUCAUGGUUGCCGAGGAAGAGCUGGAGCGCGCGCUGGGAGCGUUGCGUGGUGCUGAGAAUGGCGUCUUGUCCGCCGGGGAAUAG